CGUGACAUUAGUUCUAUGAGGACGGCAAACAUGGAAGUAUCUACGGCAUUGCUUCUAAUAUUGGUUUGUGCCAUUCAAUCCAACUUGGGAAUUACUUCCCCAAAAAGUAUCUUUGAAGACUAUUUUGCAUUUAAACUAAGUCGAGACCCUCUCAGUGCAAGUUACAUGGGUUUUCAUGAAUACGACAGCCUAACGCCAAACAACUCGGUAGCAUUCCUGAAGAACGUUGUUAGAUCCAAAUGCCAAGACUUCCAUGACCAAGCCAACAACCUUUCUCGAGCUGAAGACAUCUAUGUGUGCGAACUGGACCGUCUCUAUCUGGAUCUGAUUGAGUACGAGACAGAAAUCUGCAUGAGAGGAAUCGAUCUCGAGGGAUACGUUUUUCCUGCAAUAACCGUCUUCAAUGGCAUCCAAAGCACUAUCAAUUACGAACCUUCAGCUUAUGAGUUCAAUACGGUGGAAGACUUACAAAAUCCUUUAAAGAGAAUCAAAGCCUUACCCCAAAGGAUCAACGACAUCAUUGAGGCUUUGGAGGUUGGAAUCACCAGAAAUAAAACCUAUGCUAAGGAUUCCCUUGAUAGGAUCAAAGAACAAUUUGAAGCCCUCUACGUCAAUGAUGCAACUAAGUCCAUAUUCUAUGAAGUCUUUAACCAACUCCCCACCCAAUUUGGCGAAGAGGUCGUCACCAAACUUCAAGAAGAGGCAAAAGUGGUCAUUUCCGAGCAAGUCAUUCCCGCUUAUAAGAAAUUGGAUGACUUUAUUCAAUCUCGCUACUACAAUUAUCUACGACCCUCCAUUGCAGUCUCGUCCAUCAAUAAUGGAGUAGAAUUUUAUCAGGAAGCCUUGGAUUUCCACUUCUCCCUAGAUUCAGUAACUCCACAGGAAGUUCACGAUCUAGGUAAAAGAGAAGUGGCACUCUUAAGAGCUAAAGUCGAGGACAUCCUUGAGGAAAACAAUGUGACCGUUCCAAUCUCUGAACUUGCAGCCUUUAUCAGAGCACAACCGGGACAGACCUUCGAAGAUCAGCAAGGCAUUCUAGACUUUAUGGAGGGGUUGAUCACCUCAGUUAACAAAAAGCUUCCGGAUUUGUUUUUUGAGAGCAUCACAUCCCCCGAAUCUCUCAAUGUCAAUGUUGAACCUAUGCCGGAAAAUGUGGACGGGUUUGCUUAUUUUGUACGUGGUUCCAAAGACGGGAAACGGACUGCCAAAUACGUGGUGAACCUGAAGAACCCGGCCGACUUGCCGAAAUUCUUACUGACGACCCUAACACUACACGAGGCUAAUCCGGGUCAUAGUAUGCAAUCUAGUUUUCGAAUGAUCUACUCUUUGCCAGACUUUUUGGCCAAUUUGAUCACAUUUCCUCACUCAAUGGGAGCAUAUGGAUUUCCAGGCUAUACGUCCCACAAGGAGGGUUGGGGUCUGUAUUCGGAAUUUCUUGGCGUUGAAUUGGGCAUGUAUGAAGACUACAGAGACCUGCUUGGAUACUAUUCUGGUGAGCUUCUGAGAGCGUCACGCCUGGUUGUUGACACCGGGAUUCAUGUUUUGGGAUGGACCAAGGAUGAAGCCUUGGGGUACAUGCUAGAGAACACCAUGUUUUCGCGACCAAUCUUAGAAAGCCAAAUCAGACAAUACAUCACUAAUCCUGGACAGGCCACUUCCUACAAGGCGGGCGAAAAGGUCAUUCAAAUAAUGAAGGCGAAAUUUUCGAAGAAAUUUGGCUCGAGGUUUAGUUUGAAAAAGUUUCAUCAUUCCGUGCUGGCUUGUCAAGUUCCAAUGAAAUUUUUAGAAAGGUGCCUGAGCUUGUACAUGCCAAAUCCAGAAAAGGAAAAUUCAAAGGUUUCACUAAUUUAGAUAUGAGUGUACAACAAUGAUUCCUGCUCGCAUUUGGGAAUCAGCGAAAACAGAGACUUUCAUUGUCGAAUUUUGAUUUAGAGACCUUGGAUGGACCAAUGAAUCCGAGUAUAACACAGUAGCUCGUUGCCCAAUGGGCUACAAUGAUUUUCCCUUAUUUUAGCUUGCAACUCUUUCGCAUCAUGAUCAGUGCUGAAUCCUUGUUUUGGACAAAAUAAACCAUGGUUCUACAAAAAAAUACUACACGGAGUCCUCGAUCAAAUUGUUUAAAACUCUAACGGAUAUUCAAAGGUUCUAUUUCUAUUUUCUUUUCUUCAGA